GUGGGUGCAGCUGAGGUGGAUCGAUCAGCUGGACUUGGUAAAUUGUUAUUUAUAGUUUCUGAGCUUUUAAAAGAAGCGCUUCCCCGGGAUCAGCCUCAUUCCAGACCUGGCACCAUGGUGGGCCUCCUCCCCGUGCUGGCUCUGCUCCUCCUGGGGGCCCAGGCCCAGCACGGUUCCCAGUGGACCUACUCAGAGGGGGCCCUGGACCAAGCCCAGUGGUGGAAGGAGUACCCCAGCUGCGGGGGAAAGAGACAGUCACCCAUCAACCUGCAGAGGAGGAAGGUUCAGUACAACCCCUCCCUGAAGGCUCUGAAUCUGAUAGGCUACCAGUCCCUGGUGGGCGAGUUCCCCAUGACCAACAACGGCCACACAGUUCAGAUCGGCCUGCCCCCCACCAUGCGCAUGACGGCCACCGAUGGCACCGAGUACAUAGCCAAGCAGAUGCACUUCCACUGGGGUGGCGAGUCCUGGGAGAUCAGCGGCUCCGAGCACACCAUCGACGGGAUCAGAUUUGUGGCUGAGAUUCAUAUCGUCCACUACAAUUCUAAAUACAAGAGCUACAAUGUAGCCCAGAGCGCACCGGAUGGCUUAGCAGUGCUGGCAGCCCUCAUUAAGGUCGAGGAUUUCGGUGAAAACAUCUACUACAGCAGCUUCAUUUCCCAGUUGGACAGCAUCAAGCACCCAGGACAGAGCACAGUUCUGAGUGGCCUUGACAUUCGGGGCAUGCUCCCCGAGAACCUGCACGACUACUACAGCUAUGGGGGCUCACUCACCACCCCUCCCUGCACCGAGAACGUCUCCUGGUUUGUGCUGGCAAAUCCCAUCAAGUUCUCCAGGGCUCAGUGUUGGAAGCUAGAGAAUUCCGUACUGGAUCACAAGAACAACACCCUUCACAACAUCUACCGCGUGACCCAGCCGCUGAACAACAGAGUGGUGGAAACCAACUUCCUGAAUCUCCCUAACGAGUGUUGUGAGUCCCAGCUUUACCCAACCAAGUUCUACAAUAAGCUCAAAAACUCCAAGAAACUUCUAAAAAAGAAGAAAGGGAAGGAAAGCCACGAAGAGUAGGGAGCUUGGAGCGACGGUACACGGACAAGGCAGCCUUCCCCGGAGCUCACACCUGCCGCGGCACCGCGGAACUCCGUGUCCAGAUCGCACGCUCCCCCGGGCACCUGUUAGGUCUCUGAGUAAGAUGGGGGCGACCGUCGUCCCUGAGCGGAAGUGAGUGGGUGAGCCAGAGGACCCCAGGGGGAGCCGCCUAGAAUAGAGAUGUGAAGGACACGGAGCCCUGCAGACCCCUCCCCUCAAAUCACGCAUGUCGGUCUGUGUAAAUUACGGAGCAACCUGCAAUUUCCCUGUGGGAUCUGGGUGCAAUAAAGCAACUUUGAGAACUGUCA